CAGAAACCGACCGCCAUUAGCGAUAUAUUCCCUGAAAAGCCAGCUCGCGACACAGCGUGUAGCGGACGAAGAAAAAGUUUCAAGUCAUGAAAGAAUAACGAAGCAUUUGCAAAAUAAUGGAUGAAACGGCCAUUCCAAAGAUCCCAGCUAAGCUUAUAACCAGGAGCAAAGCCAAAUCAUCUACUGGGUAUAGACAGAUUGUCAAUUUCCUAGACAAUCUAAGUCGAGAUGAGACCGGUGCUCCUGUGAAAUGGAAGUUUAACCAAACUGGGGUGAAAUUGGCUAGAGGCAUUGGCAAGAAAAUAGCUGAUGCAGGAAAGCAAGGAACUGCCCUGAAAUAUGAUGCAAGAACAUCACUUGUGAAGGCUGUUCUGAGAAAGAAGUAUUCUUCAAGUAAGACUUCUACUUCCUGUACAUCUACAAAAGGGAAAAAUGCUGGAGACAGUGAUGACUCUUCUAACAUGGUUAGUAAUGGAGACAUAGCAUCAGUUACAGAUGAAGAAAGAUUAAUAAAUGAAAACAAAAGUAUAGCAAAAAAGACAGUGAAAAGAAAGAAUGAAACUUCUGUUAAUUUGGGAGAUUCUGAGACGGCAUCUAUACCUGUGCAACGCAAAAGAGGACGACCACCAAAGAAAAAGGCUGAAAAGGAAUCAGAUUCCGUGGCAUCCGAUUCUGUACAGCAUCAGAAAUCAACAGACAGCAUGAACAAAGUGCAGUCUUGGACAAAUCUCAACCAAAAAGUAUUUAAAAAAUCACUAAUUGGAAAAUUAAUGAAGAAAAAUGCUGAAAACAUAUCGUGUGAGGAUUCAGCAGAUUCCGAUAGUAGGGUAGACUCAGAAGUGGAAACCGAAAGUGUUGCUUCCAGUGUUAGCUCUGUGUCGGUUAAAAAGAAAAUGAAACAUUUGAAUAGAACAGGUAUUGUGUUAGGUCCCGCUAAAUUGCUGAGGAGUCAAGAUAGUCUCAUGACAAGAAAGAGCAAGGGUAUGAAAGCAAGUCUUGUUCAAGCAAACCGAAAGCCAAGAAAGAGAACGUUGAGUGGAGAAUUUGAGUUGUUAGAUGAAAGCCUUCUAAGGAAAAAACUUCGUCAAGACGAGGACCAUCAGUCUGAUAUAGAUAGUGACUUUUCAGAAAGUAUUCAAAAGAGCUCAACGAAAUUGGAUGAUUCUGAUGAGGAAUGUAACAGUGUAACAAGUGGCGCGAAAGUUACAUCAGAUGUGUCUAAAAAACAAGUGGGGAAAAAAACCGUUCCGUCUGACGACAAAGACACUUUGAACAAUCUGAAGAAAAAUGUAUGUGGAGCACCAACAGAAGAUCCAAGUACAACAAUGCCAAUUGAUGACAUUAGUCUGGAGCAACCAAAGAAACGUGGUAGGCCACCUAGAAGUAAACCACUACACUCAUCCCCUGAGCAAAUUAAAAAAAGAGCAAAACCAAAAUUGUUGGGCCCAAAAUGUGCUCAAGAACGCGCUCGAAAUAUGCUUCUGAAGAAGAAUAAUGUAGCUGUCCCAAGAACAGAACUUCAAAUAAUUGGCCCAGGGGGCUUAGUUUUCAUGCGAAAAAGCGCCGAACAGCCAAAGCAAAAGCUUUGUGACACUGAUUCUCUACAUGAAAGCGAUUUGAAAUCGGAUAUUCCAUUGAAGGAGGAAGUAAGCUCUACCACUGAAAAGUACACUUGUGACAAAGACAGUCAGUCUGUUAUGAAACCAGAUAUAUCCUUUAGCUUGGAAAAUAAAAAUAAUGCUGAAAGUAUUGUUAAAUCUACGCAAAUGUCGAUUGAUACAAAGGAAAAUGUUGUUCCUCCGAAGGCAGAAGGUUUUGAAAACGAAGCAAAAUUUGACAUCUCAAAAACAGAGGAAUCUCUCAAUCCAUUGGACAUUCCGAUCUCAGUAAAACUCAUUGACACCCAGUCUGAUUCCAAUUCCGUAAUAAAAGAUGAUGUUUCAGACAAGGAUCAUAAGUUGUGUAAGGAAAACAUCGUAAACGAUGUGUCUUUGGCUGAAAGUAGCGUUUCAGACUGUGAAUUAAAGAAGCCUACAUUAGAGUCCGAAAUCCGUGGUGUCAGAAUGGAAGGAAUUUUACCAGAGCCAGAUGAUCCUACAUCGGGUUCUCUGACCGUUAUUCACUCACAAAAAUGCGGAAGUGCUGUUUCGGAACGAAUUGAACAAGAACAGCAAAUAACGUCUUCGAAUGCACUUGACAACACUGAUAACACGUGCAUAGAAUCUAACAUUGAAAAACACGAAGAGAGUCUAUGUGCAAAAGACCAAGAAAUCAACAAAGCGGACAUAUCCAGCGGUAUGCAUGAUUCUUCGAAUUUGACACCCUUACCAAACAACCUGAAAGAAACUGACAAUGAAAGUCAUUCAAAAACAGUUGAAAAGGAAAGCAGUGAUUCUCUGAAAGAUUCAAACCAAACGCAAGAUAUGAUUGAUGAUAAAACGACUGAUUUGGACGUCAAUCACAUGCAAACAGCGGCUAUUGAAAAUCAGGAAACCAGUUGUAAUGAAGCAGAUCGAAACACAACUUUAGAUGUUUCAUUGGAAAGUAAUGAGGUUGACAUGUACAACUCUGCACCACAGUGUACCGAAGACACCUGCAAGAGAAAGGAGGAUACUGAUGGUAAAAUUGGGAAAUUGAGUCCGUUAUCAGAUGACGAUCGCUCAGACAACAAAGUUGAAGGUGAAAAGAAACUAAACGUUAAACGAGAAUUCCAAUUGCGACAAAAAGCAUCAAGAUCACCACUUGAAAUAAUUGCCAUGCGGCAGAGUCAGGAAGAAAGGCAAUAUAUAUUAGAGCAAACCCAAAAGGCAAUGAGACGUGAAGAAAAACAGAAGAAAAUGAGAGAAAAGAUAAAGAAAAUAGAAAGUGAAAACAUGGAGAAAAAAGAGGAGAGAAAAAAAGACGAGAAAACUAAAGUUGCAGAACUUAAUCCAGACGAGAAACAGGAUAAAGAAGACGAUAUUGAUGAAAUGAAAGUACCAAAAGAAAAAAGCGAAAACAAUUUUGUAGAAGAACAAAUAGAUACAGAGAAUGAGCAGAAAAAAAUGACUUUGGAGCAUCCGGAUUGUAAGGCGUGUUCUGUUGUACUUAUAGACUUUGUUAAAUAUCUGAAAAUGACCAACAGUUCAUAUAGUGUGGAGUCUGGUUCUGUGAUGGAGGAAUGGGAAACUAUUGAAGACACCGAAACAACUCUUUCUGAGGGAAGUGCAGAAAGCAGCGUUCAGGAAGAAACACAGGAAACUGAAUUACUGCCAAAAAUGCCUGAAGAGGAGCCGAAUGAACUUGCGGAUGUGCCAUUAAAGAGCGAUGAUGAUGACAAAAGUAGCAAUAAAGUUGAUGAGAACAAACCAGUUAAGAAAAAGAGGAAACCCUCUGCAAGAAAGCAGGCACGACCAGUGACGUACAGUGCACAGUUGACAGCAGAAAUUGUGUCAAAUCCUUUUUUCACUGGAGACGAGACACAAACUGUUCCACCACUUCGCCUAAAAAUUAAACAAAAUAUAAUAGCCAAACCAAAACCAAGGUCAAAGAAAGGCAUGAAAUUCACGGUCAAGAAGCGACGCACAGCUAGAAAGGGAAUGCGGCCUGAAAAGGGAUUACCUAAAAUGGGUUUAUUUCUCGAUGGAACUGACGCUACUGCUGAAAGUUCAUCUGGUAAGAAAACUGAUAUAGGGAAAAACAGUUUUGAGAAAAACUUAGUGGAAUUUUAUCAGAAUAACGGAAAUGAACAGAAAAUGAAGGCGCACAGAAAACAAAGGCAUGCCAAAACUACCAAUCAGUUCUCCUUUGAAACCAUCAACGACGAAGAAACUGCGUUGUCAAAGCAACCACAUUCCGUCAAUUCAGAUGGCGGCAACACAACAGCUUUCCAAUGUACGCACGAUUCAUGUGGAUUUGUGUCGGAAACAAAACGCGUUAUGGAGUCUCAUGUCUAUGUACAUUUGAAAAACAUUCCGUUUAGAUGUGUGCAUUGUAAUCAAGUGUUUCAAUCACGAGGACUCACUUUUCUUCACAUGCGAAGUACACAUCCUGAUCUAGAUGCUAGGAUGGAAGCUGCAGAAAAAGUGGAGGAAAGUCUUUACUACAAAGAAAUAAAAAAUACUUCCCUUAGUUCCAUGCAAUCGCCGUCUAGAGAAACAACAGUAAUUGAUUCGUCACUAAAUGCGGUCGCCCCGUUGUCAACUACUUCAGCAACAACAACAGGGUGCUACUGCUGCAGUCAUUGUGAUUUUUCGGCACCAACUCAACAGGACAUUUUAACUCAUAUUCAUGCAUUCCAUAGUAAUGACAUCGAGUAUACUUGUACUUUGUGCAAUAUGACAAUACCGGGCUCCAAAGAAGGGAUACCAAAUCAUUUUGCAAAGGCUCAUCCGAAUCAACCUGUCACUUACAAAUGCUUGCCUGAAUUUUAUGAUGUAACAAAAACCCAACACAAUGCGGGCAACGGUGACAAAGGAAACAUCUUCGACAGAAUGAAUGACCUAUUUACUACCGAUCAACAAGGAUCACAUGAUGGUAGGUCGCAUGUUCAAAAAACCAGUGCUGAAGCUGAUAGUACAACUGCCGAAAUGGAGGAUUCUUCGAGAAAGGAAGAAAUAGUGGACGGUAUUGAAGAAUUGGGUAAAACCUACCAGUCUAAUUUGGGACAGACACCAAAUCAAAACAGCAAUAUUCAAGGAAUCCCCAUUGUCUACGCAGCCAUGCAGACCAUUGCUGGACCUACAAGCGUACCGCUCGUGGCAACGGGAAUGGGUAUUCAGCAGCCACUAAUUUUCCAACAGGACCCUUCUCCUGAAAACAACGACAUGGGCUUAAAAAUCGUAGAUGUUGUGAGUUUAGCAAACACGUGGAAUCAACAAUCUGAACAAAGACAGGAGAAAUCCAAUAAUGUACCACCUGUUGAGCACGCUGUGUCAAACAUCAUACCACCUAGGGAAGGUGAACAACCGAAUUUGCCAAACAAUCAAUCUCACGCAGAUCCUCAACAUGCUCUGCUCCAGAUGCAGUACGAACAACGCCAAAAACAGCAUCGCCUCCAUCAAAAACAGCAGCAGCAGCAAGGCGUUAAGGGUAGCGAGAAACAUGAUAGUUUUGGGACAACUUAUAAGUGUGAAAAGUGCAAUGUUCAUGCUCCUAUACUUUCGGCUAUGGUGGAACAUUUACGAGUAACCCACAAAGACAUACAGCGACUAUUCUUGUGCCCGUAUUGUAGACAAUACGAAGGUUCAAACGAACCUGAAAUCCAUCGGCAUAUUAAACAGUUUCAUCAGACACCUGACCAGAAAAGUCCUCCAGUGGCUCUUUCAAGCGCAGCGAAGAAACAUCUAAGAACAAUCCAGGUACCAGUUGACGCCGAUGCAAAGAAGGUCGGGGAUAAAUAUGUUGUGGAAAAAGACAUAUAUAAGUGUUUGAAAUGUCAAAAACAUAUGCCGUCUUUGAAUUUUAUUUAUGACCAUCUUGAAAAGACUCAUCAUGAAGUAUUUGUGUAUGUGUGCCCUUAUUGUAAAAUUUUCAAAGCCAAGACAGAAGCUCAGGUGUUUCAUCACAUAAAGAAUGAACACAAAAAAUGCACCGAAGAUAUCAUGCUUUCCCUUGCUAUAGAGGAGAAUUUAUUUACAAGAGUGCAGUCAUUGGUUAAAGAAAAACCGAAUCGUCCUACACAUGCACAAAAGUCUCAACAAGCAGCUAAGCUUUCUGUAAAAGGGGUUAAUGAUGCUGAAGAUGAAGUGAUUGUAGUCGGCGAGAGUCACAAACACGGUGGAUUUAAUAUGACCUCCCAACCCAAACCGAUGCAGCCUAACAUACCAACAGCUCAGCAAUCACGUAUGAGGAUGCCUAAGCAGAACUCACCUAUGCAGAAUGCACAUCCACCACCAGCACAUUUUCAAAGUAAAUCUUCUCUUCGGAAAUCAACACCGCACCAUAUUCCACCACAGUCACAAAACUCGGAAAAAGAAGCAUUUGACCAUCAGAAUUAUCAGCAAUUUAACAUUCCACGCAAUAGGCACGGUUCAGCACCUCUUAGAAUGACCCAGUCGUCAACGGUACCUCCUCCGUUAAUGAGGGCUCCACCCCCUUUACUUCGUUUUACCUCUGACGGAAAUGUAGGUCAUGUGCAAAAUCCAAGAACUGUAAUGAAUGCGUAUGCAAGUCAAUCAUCUGGGAAUGUUCCUGGCAAUCCACCCUUUUCGCUUCCAAGUCAAAGAGUUGUUUCCCAGCAACAUGGUCAGCAUCUUUCUACAACUAAUGCUGUUGCUUCGCAAGACCGACAUGUAGUAAGUGCCGCUAGUCAGCUGUCUACUGCACGUCCUGUUCUUCGUGUCCCUUCCGUAGCAACGCAUUUGCAACAACAACGACCUGAUAGCAACAUGAGAAUGUCUCCAUACCAAGAUUUUAACCGUAGCCCUGGUCCUAUAACUACCGUCAACAGGAAAGGAGAUGGAUAUGCUCCAUUAGACUUGAGUAAAUCUCCUGCCCCUCCGAGUCAAACAAAAGACUGUAAUGACGAAGGAGAUGAUCUUCCACCAGAUGCAUUCCAAAUUUUUAAUCUUCGUCCUGCUUCACAACAGGUUCGUCCGCCGAUUGUGCAACAACAGAUGCCUCGUAUGCCAGUUCGGAAUAUGGCGCCGGCCGCAUUUCAGGCACGAUUUCGCCAGCAGAUGCAGAUGCAACAGCAGAUGAAUAGAAUGUCUCCUCACAUGGUUAGAUCUGCAAGACAGCGCCAGCCUAUGAUGAAUAGACCUCCGCCUUAUACUCGGACUCCGAGGCAUUCAAGGAGUGUACCGAGACAUUACACGCCACGCACCGCUAUUAACCAGGCUAUGCCAAACGUUUUGCCCCGUAAGGAAGUGCCCGCACCAAUCCAAUCAGAUUUAUUGAUAAAGGAUGGACGAGACAUGGGAGGAUUGGGGCAGUUGCGGGUAUUUAAAUGUCCAUAUUGUCCCGAUGUUGUCCCUCUUGGUAUGGGAGAAGUUGCUCCACAUAUUGAAAAAGUGCAUCCCGGACAUUCCAUAGUGUUUAUGAAAAUAGACAAAUAAUUGUUUGGACCUUGCCUGUAGUGAAAAAGAUAUAACAUAUAUUGUAUAACGCAAAAUGACAUGCGUAGCAUUAUACAGUUUGUUUUUGUUGUUCUUGUUGUGACAUUGCAAUAUUCUUCUUUCACUGAAUGCAAAUAACCAACAUUAUUUGAUUGAUCUCUCAUUCAUUUAGGACUCAUUUUAUACAGAUCUGUUGGAUAUCCGGUUUUUAAUUGUACAUUGAUGUGUGUUAAGUGAGACCAUUUGACACUGCAGUUUUGUUUUACUCCUAAAUGAGGAGUUGCUUCAAAGUUUGUGAGUAAUAUACUUUCUUUUUUUCCUUUUUUUAUCUUGAAGGAUUUCAUUCAAACAUACAUAAAAUGUAUAUAUGUAUAUUAGACUUAAACGCUGCCAAUGAUGUAUAAAGUAUGCAAAGUCAGUUUUUAUCUUUCACUUAUGAUUAAAUUUCUAAUUAGGAUCUGGAAUAAGGAAUAUAUAAGAAGGUUAUUUAAUCAAAAUGUAUGCAUAUUUCAAUAUCAUAUUUUAAAAUAUGCAUACCUAACAGCAUGCAAUAUACAAAGAAGUAUUAAAAAAGUUUGCCGUUGGUACUUGUAACAUAAUAUCAUAAUAUGAAACUCUAAAAACUAUUUUUAGAUUAUAAAAUGAUACAAAUUAGGAGUACAAUCUCAACUGAAAAGCUUAUUAAUUAUAUAUAGAUUAUACUAUUUAAUGAGUAUUCUUUGCUUUAUUUUAUGCCAAGUGAUGCAAUAUUAUUUUCCUCUUUCAUUUAAUCAUCGAAGCAAAAAUGCAAGACUGUUAGUGUAUUGCAAAGCGUGGAUACUAUGACGUCAACGAUGACUACACUUUGAUUUGGAGGAUGUGCAUCAAGUGCAAAAUGUAAGCACGCCUUUUGUAUCGAUAUCGGUUGCAUUAAUAAUACGCAUCGGUUAGUACAUUUUUGACAAUCUUUUAUUUUUUAAGAAUCAACAAUCAAUAGUUUUGUUAUCUAGAAGGUACCUAGCGAAUGCCUAUUGGGGAAUUGGUCAUCUUUUUCAUAAUAUAUCGGCAAAUUUCAAAAGAGAAUAUUCCAAUUCCUGGUCAUUAAACCAACACUUCAUUACAAAGCGUUUACUAAGAUAUUUAAAAAAAAAAUCGUUUAGAAUGACCUUUGAUUAUGAAUAUUUUCAGGCCAUAGAAAUCCUCAUUUGAUGCAUGUUGUUUGAGUUAGUUAAGUCGCUUCAAAAUGUAGAAAUUGCAAGUAAAUGUAACAACAUGUGCAUUUCAAACAAUUUUGUCUCGCGGUAAUACUAGGAGUUUUUCCGUCGGCAUUGAUUCCAACGUUAGAACUGCAAAAUUAUUACAAAAUUACUACAUACAUUAUAUAUUGUUAUAUCACAGUGUGUAUAAUUAAGAUCAUGGCAUAGAGAUUUUGGAUCGUAUAAUUUUUGGAUAAAACUUAAGUAUUAUUGAGUUGUAUAAUUGACGAUAAACCCUUCGGUAAUUGUCAAAUUAAAUUUUGAUAGAUCUUAAUAUUUUCAAAAAGGAAACAAACGGUGAGCGAUAUUUUUUUCUGUUACUUAAACAGAUCUGAAAAUUCAUCAAUGUGAAUAGUCCAAAUUGCGAAUAGAGAAAAAAAAUUAUGUUCAUAGUUGUAAAAUAUUUUUUUUUUGUGUUUAUAUGUUAGUUUUCAUUUUAAAAAAUGGAAAUCAUUUUAACGCAAGCCUUCACACCAAAAUGUUUUGGAAAUGUAAAAGACAAAUUGCCAAACCUGUACUGACGAUGACCUCGAUGUCGGUAAUUCUCGCUUACACUGCCUACUGUUCAGUGAAAAAUGUGUUAUGUCGCCGUGUGAUAGAUUGAUGUUGGCAAGGUAGAAUAUUCCUUCCGUACUGGUUCAGUACACGCUGUUUGGUGUCAAUACACAUCUUAUUGUUAUAAAUCGUAUCUAUUUUUGUAAGGAUAAUAGAAAGUAAACGUUUUAAACGUUGCAUAUCACUGGCAUCCACUCUUUUUGUUAUAGUUCAUAAAACAUCCUUUCAAGUAAAAUGAUGCUAAUAGUCGGGGCUUACAAAUAAAAAAAAAGCCAAGUAUGUAUGGAAAUCUGUUGCAAAGUAAGUAGAAUCCUAAAACUUUGUAUGGUUGUGUAUUUAUUCUUGUGAAUAAGGGCAAAGUUUUUGUGUGAAUUAACAAAUGUUUUUUUUUCAAAGUUGUUAGUGCUAUAUGAAUCAGGCGUAUGAUUUUCCUCGUGUUUAACAGUUUUUUUGUAUUAUUUAACGUUGUAGUAGCAAAGCGACUAAAAUAUAUGUCAUUUUAUACCAACGCUAAAGAACAGAUGAUUGAAAUAAAUGUACAUGGAAUGAAUGGUUUGAUAAAAAGUGAGAGAUUGUUAUGUGAUACUCCUUGUACAGACACACAAUUUGUAAAGAAUGAACAUGUCAAUUAAAAAUGUUUUAGUAUA